AUGGCAGCUGAUGGUGCUGAAUAUUUCUUCACAUACAGGACAAACGCAAAGGAGAGAUGGUGCAACAAACCGCUCCUGGACGUUCUUGAGCACGAAUUCAGAACACGUUCAAGGGAGUACUUUUUGCAGGCAUUGGAGUGUGGAGUGAUAACCAUCAAUGGCAAGAUUGUUGAUUCAUCGGCGACAAUAAGACCAAACGACGUGCUCCAGCACACUGUUCACAUCCAUGAGCCUCCCAUUCCAUGCAUCAAUGUGAUCAAGAAAGAAAAAGAGUACGUGGUGGUUAACAAGCCAGCAGGAAUUCCAUGCCAUCCAACAGGUGGGUAUCGAGAGUAUUCGAUCACAAGGGCGCUGUUUGGAGAUUCGAAGGUUGCAUGCGUGAAUAGGCUGGAUAUGCCUGUAUCUGGCGUUUUGAUAAUAGCGUUUGAAAGCCAUACUAAGUGCUUAGAUGCAAUCAAGGCGGCAGAAAAGGUAUAUCUUGCUAAAGUGUGUGGAAUGUUUCCGGACGAAGUGACUGUUGACAAAAAAAUAGAAUGUAUAUCUGGACGAUAUAGACGUGUGGGCGAAAAUGGAAAGGAAUGCCUGACAAUGUUCAGAAGGCUAAGAUAUGCAGAUGGGCAUUCGAUAGUUGAGUGUAGACCAGUUACUGGGCGUACACAUCAGAUUAGAAUCCAUCUCCAAAGCAUUGGGUUUCCGAUUGUAAAUGAUGUUAUUUAUGGAUCUGGAGAGCUUCCGAGUAGUUUACACAGCAGCGAAUGCAAUGCAAGCAUAGAUGAGUUUGAAGAUAAAAAGAAAUACGAAUGCAUAAUAAGAAACUGCAAAGGAAAGAACAACCGUUCAUUCAUCAUCAGAGAUCAUCACAUUUGCCUCCAUGCUUGGAAAUACAUUUACAACGGCACAGAGUAUGUUGCACAGAUCCCUGAAUGGUGUGACCUGUAG